AUGUCGCGGCUCCCACUCGCGCAGUGGGAUCCCUCCCUUUUCACAGAACUCCUCCAUCUUCUCACCUUAGUCGCAUCCCGCCCCUCCACUUCUGUCCUGCGCCGCUUCUUCGACAAGCUCGAUGAAGCUCGCCCAUGGAUACUCGCCCUCACGGCUCUCCCCAGCCCCAACAAUGAGGACAAGGAGUUCAUUGGAAAGAGGUCCAUUUCAACGUCUGAUGGGGUCGAGGUCCGCGUCACCGACGAACUCCUCGUCACGACAAACACUGUUGCAGACAGUCUCAACCUCUCCCACCUCCUUUCUGCCAUGCUCGCCCUCCAUGCGGUCCAGCAGCGCCCACGGUUCCCCGAACGCUCCGAUCCAGAAAUUGCUGUCUACUUGCUGCACGAGUACCUGCAGAGCAUGCUCGACUUUGUCGUGGAUCUUCUCAAACUCACUCAUGGCGAGGACGCUGAGCAGGGGGAGGCAUUUGACGACUUGCGCGGCUGGGUCGAAGACCUGCUAUCGGAACGGGGCACUCACGGAUUUUUGCCGGACGUGGCCAUCGACCAGGUUGAUGUGCUCCAAGGACGUCUCGACAGCGUUGUGCGUACACAGGCGUCGGGCGCGCACUUGCGUCGAGAGCAGAACCGUCUCGCCGGCAUCGUCGCUACCCUUGGUCUGAGCGGCCUUCUCAAAACGUCGCAAGUGAAGUCGCGACCAGAUGCUGUCGUUGGCACUAUGCUCGCCGCCUUCUUUGCCGCUACGCCGCCAUUGGAAGAGGCCCAGGGCACCCCCCAGAACGAUACGGUGCAGGCAUACGCGGGUGUGUCAAAAUUCAUGCUUGUGAUGUGCAACAUCAUUGACGCUGACGCCCACGCUGAGGUGCACGAUGCAGCCAAGGUACAUGCUCUCAAGUUUGAGCCGUCCGGCGCGGAGCGGCAUCUUCAGGAGGCUGUGAAUGGGGAGGCGUUCAAGUUCCUUACCAAUCUCGACCCCACCACCGCACUCGCGACGCGAUCAGAUCCCGACAACAACGCCUUUAUCUACUCUCAAUUGCAGAGGCUGGUGGGCUGGCUGGCGAAGCGGCGCCACUUCCUCCGCGGACUCAAAAACAAGGAGGAGGACGUCGGGGUCUCGUUCCUCACCCUGAUGGCAGCAGUAUACCAGCACUUGCCACAAGAUAGCGCAACGGCGCUGUGGGACGAAUCGACAUUCACGGGCGUCGUGCUGGACUUGCGUACGCCAUACCCUUCCGAUGCGUUCUGGGACGUUUUGUGUGCCAUCUCAAAAGGUCCUGAGUGCGCGAGCAACUUGUCGUGGAACGCCUUGUUCAAGUUCUACCAGCAUUACAUUGAUCUCAUGCCGCCGCUGUACGGUACGCUCAAGACUACACACCAAACAUCGAUCGAGGGUAUGAGCCACGACGAGUAUCUGGCCGCCGAUGGGUGGACAAGGCUGCUGGCGAUUGUCUCUAAGCCGUACCCUCUCCAGACCCUCUUCGACAUUGCUGUGGUGUUCGACGCGAUCAACGCGUUCGUCCAGCGACGUGGUGAUUCGGCCGAUGAUGAUGUGGUCUCGCGCGCCGUUGAAAACUACGAGCGCGUGACUUUUGCUGACCCCACACUGGACGUCCGCGAGGGUAGUCGCGUGCCCCAGCCCAUCGGCUGGAUCCAGCGCAUGGAGCUCGCUGAGCAGGAUCAGGGCAUGUACCCGCUCACGCGCGCGUACAUUAGCUUCCUCACCACCCUCAUGCCCUCGGAGAAGGGGCGCGUGAACGGCGCCUUGCGUCGUGGCGCCAUGUACGUGAUUGACCGUGUGCUGCUCGGCUCUAGACCCCAGGCGUCGACUGCCGAGCACUGGUCCAACUAUCAGGUCAUCAUGGCCUUUUUCGAGAAGGCGCUGCAGACCUUCGACCUCACGGACCUGCUUUCCCCGGCGCGUGGCACGGCCACUGCUUUGUCCGAGCAGCCGGGCUUCCUUAUUCUCCUGCGCCUUCUGAGUGAACCUUCAGUGUUCGCCCCUCUUGGCGACAUUAUCGAUGGCGCCGUGCCCAUGGCACCCAACAGGCCACGCAUCGCCAACGAGUGCCUCCUCCGCGUACUCCGCAUCUUCUACCGCAUUCUCGACAUCCAGCUUGUUUUCAGCGACGUGCUUCUCCUCACCUUGCAGUCGACCGCCGGCUUCAAGCGCCCGCUGGGCUUCCAGUCGCUCGACCACCUGCUGCUGAACCGUCUCUCGAACGUAAUUCACAUUGCCCUCUCGGUCGCGGACCGGGACAACAGCGUCGCCUUUGUUUCCCUCAAGAUCAUCGCAGCGCUGGCUCAGUCUCCUGUCUUUUCGAGUGCGGACAUGUUCCAUGGCGUUUACGCAAAGGUUAUGAACCGCCUUGCAGGUGUCAUCGACUCGUCUGACGAAUCCAUUCGCAUCGCACAGGCCUUCUCGUCGAAGCUAGCGGAGGAAGGUGAGGACAUCUCCCCGGACUACGUCGCCCUCGAGUCGAAGGCGGUGCUCCGCGGCGAGGACUCUGACCACCUUCCUAUCCUCAUCCGAACCGCGAUUUUGGACAUGCUUGUGGACAACACGGCAGACGCUACGAGCCCUAAUAUUGCGCACUUCCUCCUGGGUUUCGACUUCCGCGCCCGUGAGCUCGGCCUGCAUGAUCCUCGCGCUCCAGGAUCGCGUCGCUCCUGUCUCCAGGUCAUCCUGGAGCAGCUUAACGAAAGGCCGCCCAUGAUUCAACUGCACCCCGUCCUUGCUGCUAAGAGCGCGCAACUCAUUCACCAGCUCUUCGCCCACCCCGUCACAGGGCCGUGCACCAUGGCCUACACUGAGUCAUACGAGGGCUUCCCAGCGCGGCAGCUGGGCGCCCUACCGCGGACGUGUCCCGCAGUUUCCGCCGACGUUGUGGGCAUGGGCAUCGCAUCUACGUCCACUGACCAGGUUGAAACUUCAGCUGACGUCCUCGUGGCGUACCUGAACUACCAGAGAUUCAUACUUGCUUGCGUCGGCAUCCAGUCAUUUGCAUUUGAGGGCCACGGCGCAUCGUCUGAGUUCAUCUCUCAUCAGCUCUUUGCGGAUGAUGACGAGGAGGAAGUGGACAAGCGCCCGCCCCUUCUCAUCGACCUUGUGUCCAACAUUGCCAUCAGGUUCGAUGAGACCGACGCCGACGCCCAACAAGACAAGACGCUCGAGUUUUACUAUAACUUCAACUUCGACCAGUAUAAACAACCUGGAACAGAUUUGUUCGACCUCGAUGUACUCGCCCGCGCGCUCAAGUCGAACCGCCGCCAGCUUGAGCGCCAGGGCGCCGUGAUCCAGGGUACCUCCGCCGACGCAAUGGCUAAGGAGGCACAGUACAUUCUUGCGCGCUUGGCCUUCAAGAACCGCCAGAAUCAGAUCUUCGUUGCAAAGGGCGACUUCCUGCAGGCAUGGAACGAGACACUCAAGGUGGCGCUGGCGUUGCUCUUCCACUAUGUCGCAGAGGACAGGCAAGAGGUCCUGCUCUUCGAACUGCUCAACUCCGUGCUGGACAGAAUGAGCGCUGACGUGCCGCCUGGGGUGCUCGACCUGCUCUCAGAAGCUGUUCUGAUGUCUGUCAACACGCUCAUGACCGCUCUAUCGACGCUUGAGGCCUCAAACCUUCCGCUGGACCAGAUGUCGACGGUACUCACCAAGAUCAUCGACGCGCUCCUCAAGCCGGGCACGACUGAGAUUUACCUCCAGCUCGUGCCCUUGGACGGACCGCUUCGUCGCUCGGCGAUCACCGUCUUGGCCGCCCGUAGGGACCGGUUCGUCCCCCUGCUGUGCCGCGACGCGAUGGACAUGCGGGAUGUCUGGAAGACUGAGUGCUUCUCCCUCCUCGCGAGCGUCGUCGCCUUCGGGGACAACCACCUUCUUACCCCUGUGGUGAGCGGCCGGUUCCUCGCCCAGUUCGUCCGCUCUAUCAAGGACCGCGAGCUCCAGCUCCAGGAAUGCCUUGUGCCCGACCCCGACGGACUGCACACCUUCUGGGUAUACGAGGCCAACGUUGCUUUCCUCACGGCGUACGCUGGCUCGGCAAAGGGUGCAAGUGACCUUGUCGACGCCGGCGUGUUUGAGACAUUCGCCACGUGUAGUUUCAUGGGUGUCUCGCCAUUCAACGACGAUGUGCUCUCUAUCGUGUCCAAUGCCGAGGCCGUUGAGCGUCAGCACCGCGUUCUCAUCACCGCUCUGCAGCUUCUCGUGCGCGUGCUGGCGCACCCGUCGCGCGUCGGGCAAAAGAACGCGUUGUCCUUCCUCAGUGCGCAUCGCGACUCGUUCCUCAUCCUUUUGCGCGAGAACCAGGCGUACAUUACGCCCACUGGCAUUGACGAGAGCCGCCUCAUCGUGGCGCUCUUCACAUCAGUUGUGCCGAAGGUGUCGCCAGAGGAACUUCGGAGCUCCUCCGGUUUCGGCGCCUUCCACCACGCCGUCCUUUCCCUGGCAGCCAAAUUCCUCGAGCCAACAUGGGCCGACAACCUCCGCGAGGACGCUGCCGAUGCUAAGGACAGGGUUCUGAACCUGAACCAAGUGAUUAUUGCCUACCUUGCCGGGUCACCCGCUUCGCCUGGUCCAGUCUUCGUUGUGGACGCCGCCCGCUCAAACGGCGCUUAUGUCGCGGAGCUGGCAGAGACAGUGCAGGACGUCUCCAAUGCGUACGACGACAUUGCAGACAAGCUCGAGGCCGGCGAGGACAUCGAUGUGGCCAGCCUAGGCGCUACAAGUGUCGAAGCCAUUUUCAACAUGAUCGAGUCCCUCCUUCUCCUUAUCUGGCGCCACAUGAUGUACUACACGGCCGACGCUGGAGGGGAGGGCAUACGUCCGACCACGCUAAGUCUGAGCUUCUCCUCCGUGGGAGCUGUGAGCAUGCGCGCCCUCGAACGCGUUGCCGCGUCGCUGCGCGGCGUGCUGGACCGCCUCGAUGACGUCGACAUCACCAACCGCAAGGGCGACGCGUAUUACGCCAUGCUGGUCCGCCGGUUGCGAGAGUUGUGUGGAGGUCUUAGCGAGUAG